CAGUUGAACUUUGAUCAGUGCGAGAUAAUAUUUUUUUUGAAAAAAGUAAAAUUUUUCAGUCACUCUCAUAAAGUAUCAUACAUAGAAAACAUGAAAGUUUUCGCUCUCUUUGUUGUGGUAUUAUUUUGUGGGGCUUCUUCAGCAGCUCCUGCUGAUAGGAAAGAAGCCUGGGGCUAUGUUGAUGUCAGGAAGGAUGCUCACAUGUUUUGGUGGCUCUAUUAUACUGACCAGACUACUAACUAUGCAAGUUAUCCUCUUGUGAUAUGGCUGCAGGGUGGUCCAGGAGCAUCUUCUACUGGUCAUGGUAAUUUUUUAGAGAUUGGACCUUUAGAUGAAUACUUGAGGCCAAGGAAUUCUACUUGGCUCAGCAAAGCAAACUUGUUGUUUAUUGACAAUCCUGUUGGUACUGGAUUCAGUUAUGUAACCAAUAAGUCUGCACUGGCUACAACUAACAAGCAAAUAGCUGAUGAUCUUGUCACUUGCUUAACUUCAAUAUUAGAUACUGUGCCAGAAUUCCAAAAAUCUGCAUUGUAUAUAUUUGGUGAAUCCUACGGAGGAAAAAUGACUGUGGAUUUCGCUCUUGCUCUGUCUAAGGCAAUUAAGAGUAAAACCAUCAAUGUCAACUUUAAGGGUAUUGCACUUGGUGAUCCUUGGAUAUCACCCAUUGAUUCAGUUUUUACUUGGGGUCCAUAUUUGUAUGCAACAUCUCUUUUGGAUAAAGUUGAACUUCAGUCAGUUAAAGCACAUGCAUAUGAAGUCAAACAGACUUUAGCUGCAGGGCAGUUCAAAAACGCCACUGAUAGAUUAAUUCAGAUCCAAGGAUUGAUUGCCAAUUUUACAAAUGGAGUUGACUUCUUUAAUAUUUUAAAGAAAGAAGACCCAUUACCUAAUGAAUCUGUCAACACUCUGCCUAAAAAUCACAGAACGUAUAAGUUUAGGAGAUCGGUAGACCGACAGCACGGGGAUGGGGAUGUCUUGUCUGACUUGAUGAAUGGGAAGAUAAGGCAAAAGCUGAAUGACAUACCACAAAAUGUCACUUGGGGUGGUCAGUCAUCUGAUGUUUUUAAAGCACUUUCAGAGGAUUUUAUGAAACCAGUGGUGUCCUCAGUUAGUGAACUUCUUUCAAAUGAAACCUAUAUUGAUGUUAAUGUUUACAAUGGCCAGUUGGAUCUUAUGGUAGAUACUCUAGGUACACUAGCAUGGAUUGAAAAGUUGAAUUGGCCAGGCAAUAAAAGUUUUAUGGCUGCUCCGAAGAAACCUUUGACAUUUCCCAAUGAUCAUAGUGGAGGAUUUGUAAAGACAUUCAAGAAAUUUAGCUUCUUUUGGAUUUUAAAAGCUGGUCACGUGGUUCCUUCAGAUGCGCCAGAGUCUGCUCUCAAAAUACUUGACAUGAUACUUAAAAAGAAUAAGUAAAUACCUACUGUACAAAAAUAAAGCCUACUAGAUCUUA